UAUUAUAAAUGUUGUCGAAGCACAUCAAGAUGUCACACACACACACAGCCGGUGUUGUGAGAACUACUGAAGCCAAUGUUUUGUAUGCUCACUCAGGUUUAGGCUUCAGCAAAAGCCCGUAUGCCAUGAUUUAUUUACUUUUGUUAAUGUAGUAACAAUUAGGUGGUUUGAGUGAACACAAAUUAUACAUUUUAUUACAUUUCUUUCAAACUAUUUUAUGGAUCCUACGGAUGCGUUUUCUUGUCUGAUGUUUAACUUAACGGUUAUUUUUCAAUCAGGAAUCCAAAUGUUCCACAAAGUGUUUUUUGAGUAUCGAUUUGUCCUGAUGAUCCGUUUGAAUUUGAGGACAUUUUGUCUGCAUGUAGUGGAACUGUUGCAAAGGCCCAGCCACCCCACACACUCUCUUACCAGUUUAUUAGACAGGUUUCUAAUGUGGCUGCUCGCAUUGAUAGAAGAUAGUAGACAAAAUAUUAGAAUCACCUCUCAGUCUAAUGCAACAUUGUCAACUACAGCCUCCAAAAUCACCAUCAAGCAGAAUCAUCACUUGUGUAAAACGGUUAAUACAACUCUAACCUUCACAGAGGUUGGAUUAGUUACAGGGCUGUUGUAUGAGGCUGAGUCAGGUUCUGCUAGUGGUUCGUAAUAAACUGGUAAAUGAGUGCAGUUCUCAUUGUUGUCCCUUUUUAUAUGCUGGAUAAUUGAAGUGUUACAUUUUUAAGUUUUGUGCAUAUGUGUGAAGGAGCGGUUGUCAAUGGUAACACAUGGUCUGGAUUAUAAAACUGUUUUGUGUCAAAUAAACACGACAAACACAAUGCAGAGGAGAAUUUGUGUCUCUUUUUUCUCCAAAAAUGUAUUUAACAAGUUAGUGUAUCACGCAUAAAAACACAGUACAUUUUUCAGAAGUAUUGUAGUAUGAAAGUAUUUAUACUCCCACUACAUGUUGAAACUGAAGGCUACAGUGGGAUGGAUGAAGAUGAGAGCAUCUGUUGAAGUUUCAUAUUUAGAUUUGAUUGGAGAGUUUUAACGAAGUUCUGUUUUCUGAAUUUUUCACAGCAUGCAAUAAAGUGGGGGAAAAGCCUCAUUUGAUGUGUAUUAGACUAUUAUUUAUUCUUAUUAUUUAUAACAGUUUGCUAACUGACAUGAAGUGGCACAUAAAUGUUUUUUUUGUGUUUGUUAUAUAAAUUUGUGUUCAUACUGUACUUGAUUUCCAUUGUUAUAUUACAUGUUAUGUAAAUGGACAGACAAGAAAAUAAAACUUCAUUCAUUAAUUCACAACAAACGCAAUAAGUAACAUUGAUUAAGUAAAUGAAAGAUAAAUCAUUGAAUAUCAAAAUAGAAUUUACAACGAAUAUAAUUUGUAUAAUUUUUUUUAAACCUGAGAAUAUGAAGGCAAUUCAUUUGUUUCCUCAAAUAUAUUUCUGUAUCAUUUUACGAACCUGUUACUUCUAGAUUUUUUGGUAAACUCAUUCAAAAGAAGAGUGAAAUAUGUGUGGAAACCAAAGCUGUAGAUUUGUUGGUUUCUUUAUUUCUCUCAAUAAAGUUGAAAUGUGGCUCAAGUGACGUUUACUCUCGCGAGGUUUCAGUGCCGCUCACAUCCAGACCGCGAGAACAUGAGCGAUGGCAAUAGAACACAAACCUGGGGACGAAUUUGACACCGUUUUCGGUCAAAGUGACUCCUCGGAGCUAACCUCGCACCGCGAUCAUGACACUGCGCCAGCUCGGAUCUUCAAGAUAAUAGUCAUCGGGGACUCGAACGUGGGGAAGACGUGUUUGACGUACAGAUUCUGCGGGGGAACUUUCCUGAAAAACCCGGAGGCGACGAUCGGGGUCGAUUUCCGAGAGAGGACGCUGGAGCUCGACGGCGAGAGUAUCAAGCUGCAGAUCUGGGACACGGCGGGUCAGGAGCGUUUCAGGAAGAGCAUGGUGGAGCACUACUACCGCAGCGUCCACGCCGUCAUCUUUGUGUACGACGUGACCAGCCUCUCCUCCUUUGAGAGCGUCCCCGACUGGAUUGAGGAGUGCAGCCGGCACUGCGUGGGGCCCCUGGUGCCCCGCAUCAUGGUGGGCAAUAAGUGCGACCUGAGGGACCGCCGGGAGGUCCCCACCACGGCGGCGCAAUGCCUCGCCGACAGCUACAACUUCCCGCUGUUCGAGACCUCGGCCAAGGAACCUGCCGAGAAGGAGCACGUGGACGCCAUCUUUCUGACUCUGGCUUACAGACUGAAGAGCCACAAACCGCUGCGACUGAAGCAGCCGAAUGAGGGCGGCGUCGGGCGGCUGUGGGACCAGAGAGAGCAGGAAGCGGCGACUUGUCAGUGCUGAGGUCACCUACAUCUUGUGUGGAUGUUACUCAAGAGCGUGCAGGUCAUCACAGCCUCCUGGAUCGAUAACAGUGCUGCAGGAAAGCCUGAGGCUGAACACAGAAAGGCCUCUUAUGAUCAUGAGAUAGAAAAGGAUGAAACGGUUAUACACUUUUCCCUGCCUGCUGCGAGGCACAGCUUGUGACAGUGGGGGCCUAUACGUUUGCACAAAAAUAAUUUAACAUUUCAUUGAAAAGCAUGAAUGGAGAUGGGGGGUAUGCCAAAUAUUUGUGACUGCACAUAAAAUCACUUUGAGUCAAAGAACAGAGUGCAAUUUAACACGUAGACAAAUCAUAUGCAAUCAGCUGUCCAGUAGCACUACAGCUUAUCCACACUUUUCAAUGCAGACAUUGAAUUAAGAGACCAAACUGAUUUCAUUGUAAAGAAAUGAACCAAUAAGGUGAAUUGAAACUGUGAAGAAAACCGUGCAAUUAUUUUUAAGUUAUGUCUUAAAGUGAUAUUUCAGUUAUUUUAAGGAAUAAAUGCCGCAUGAGUUUUGGUGCUGUUGCUGAAUGUGUUUCUCAAAUAUAAAUAUGAACAUAACCAGCUUUGUGUCAGCUCAUCCGCCCACACAGUUCUCCUGUUAGAGUUCCCCAAUGACAAAAUCUUUUGGGACGAAAUGCAAAUCCACGCGGUUCACUUGAAAAGCAUGAGUGAACACAUGCUCGGCUGUCUUUAGAAAUUGUUCUGCCGUAUGCAAGGUAUUGAUGGUAUGAGAUAAAAUCACAACCAACGGAUACUUUUUUUUUUGCAUGUAUACAAUAAUGCAAACACUUUCUAAAAGUAUGGAGAGAUGUGACAAUGUUACGCUGCAAAUCAAUAAAAGUAGUUUCAUCGGGAUGAUUUAAAAUGUUUGAGGCUUCUGGUGUGUCGGUGU